GACAUGCAGGUGUAUCCACUGGUGGGGUGACUUGUGUGGAGUUUUCGGCAGCAUCACCUCAGUGCCUGACACUUCUGUAAGCGCCGACAUGCACGCGAUCAAGUCCGCCGGAAGAGCUAUUAUAAGGAGUCCAAGUGUGACCAAGCAGUCGUGGACCAGCGGGAGACACAAAAAACUUCCAGAGAACUGGACGGACACAAGGGAAGCCAUUUUAGACGGCAUGACGUUUAACCUCGGGUACCUUGGCAUGACACUUGUGGAUCAGCCCAAAGGGGAAGAUGUAUCUGCUGCAGCGGUUAAAAGGAUCAUCGCCACGGCCAAAGCAAGUGGGAAGAAGUCUCAGAAGGUUUCGUUGAACGUUUCUUCUCAGGGUCUCUGUAUGCAUGACAGGAGCACCAGUGAAUUGAUAGCCAAUGUCUCCAUACGCAGGUGGGUUUUGUUUGUGUCAUGCCCCACUGUGUUUCACCUUAACCCUGUGUGCAGGGUUUCCUACUGCAUAGUGGACAAGGUGUAUGUCAAUGUGUUUGCUUACAUCACUCAAAACACCGUCAGUGGGACCUUGGAGUGCCAUGCCUUCUCUUGCGCCAAGAAAAAAGUGGCUCAGGCUGUCGUGCUGACGGUAGCCCAGGCCUUCUCUCUGUCCCAGGAAUGCUUGGAAGAAGCCAAAGAAGAGAAAGUCACAUCAUUUGGUUCUGAUAUUGUGGCCAGCAAAAAUAGUGACGUGGUCUGGAAAGAAACCGAGACGCUCACCAGAGAAAACCUGCUGGACUUGGACAAAAGUGUUGAAGUUGCCAUGGAGACAAAGAGGAACAAGGAUGGAAAUCUGCUGAACAACCAGAAUGCUGCUGAGUCUGAGAUUAAUCCUGCUGCUUGGUUGACAGAGGAGAGCUUGGAAGAAGCCUUUUCCAGCUGUGAUUUGGACAGCUGUGGUUCAUUUGCAGACUGGCCCUGUCCCGCACAAGCCCCCAGAUCCUGGACUUUGGGUUGAUCCCUCAUGACUGGCUGCUUGGACAUGUUUGGGAUGUGAACUAUGGCAGCAGUUGAUCGUCUAUAUCAUGAGUCAAUGUCACCAGGUUUGGUUGGAGAGAUUAGAACGAUUCACCUUCUCAACUUCAGCAUUUAUGAGAAUAUCUUGUUUAGCUCAUUAGUGUGUGUUAUGAACAGCCCUUGGUUAUGAAUUUUAGCAAUAAUAAUUCUAUUAAUUAUUUCAGCAAAAAAAAAUUUAUGCAGAUUUUUAUGUUGUCAGUACUGUACCAAAGCGAAUGUUAAGCGACUCACAUGCAACACUGUGUAAGUUACUUUACAAGAAUAAUUGAAAAACCUUGUUCUUUACUUGGAUUUAUGGUCUUUUUUUAUUUAAUAUGAUUGAUAUUUGUAGAGAUGGCACUGUCUGCCGUAAAAUGUUUGUUCUUGAACAACUAAUUCAAUGUGGCCUGAACAUUAGGACACUGUUUCAUCAACCCUGCAACACUGUUUCAUGAUAUCUUGUAGCCUGGACUCUGAAUAAGUUACUGUGGCACUUGGCUGUGGAACAAACCUAGUUUUAUUUGUAUUUCUAUUUUGUGCCAAUAAAAAUAUGCUACUCACGUCCCAAAAGUUAAUGUUACUAGAUAUUUCAACUGAUGUUUUUAAGUAGCCAUCUUUCUGUCAGUCACUAUUUUUCCUGUUCGGGGCAUUGAAUUUGCUUUUUAUCUAUAAUUGUCUGGGAUUUUUCUGUUAAUCGUUGCAGAAAAGAUUUUAAUUAGAUUCAAAUUCAUUAAUAUCUGUUAUUUUAUUGUUGAUAUUGUUUUGCUUUUAUUGGUUUGAAUGGCUCUUCCAUUCUGUAUCAUUGGUCCUCGACGUGUAGUGUGUUACACCGGACUGAAGAGCCUUCGACUAUUUAAUAUUGCCAAUUUUUCCACCUUCGUUUAGUUAAAGAUUGAAUAAUGACAUAAAACUUGUAAUAACGUCAUACUGAUUGGUGUUUUUUAUUUCCUCAUGAUGGGUCCUGAUGAUGAUGUGUUUACUGUGUUUGUCCAUCAUUUUUUUCUGUCAUUUUUUUUUCUUUUUCAUGACGUUAAUCAUAUUACUUUCUGCAGUGGGUUACCCUUAAAUAAGGUCAA